AUGAUUGCCAACGUCCUCCGGAGGCGAGUCCUCGCGCCCAGCACCACCCUGCGUGCCACUCAGUCCCUCCUCGCCAGAUACUAUGCCUCGUUCCCGCCGCAUCAGGUCGUCAAGAUGCCCGCCCUCUCGCCCACGAUGACUGCAGGCAACAUUGGCGCCUGGCAGAAAAAGGCCGGCGACUCCAUCGCCCCUGGCGACGUCCUCGUCGAAAUCGAGACGGACAAGGCUCAAAUGGACUUUGAAUUCCAAGAGGAGGGUGUGAUUGCCAAGAUCCUCAAGGACGCUGGCGAGAAGGACGUCCCAGUUGGUAACCCCAUUGCCGUUCUGGUUGAGGAGGGCACCGACAUUGCCGCUUUCGAGUCUUUCAGUCUUGCCGACGCCGGCGGCGAGUCUUCGGCUCCGGCCAAGAAGGAGACCAAGGACGAGCCCAAGUCUGACUCCUCCGAGUCCACGUCCGCCCCCACGCCUGCCCCAGAGCCCGAGCAAUACUCUAGCGAGGGCAAGAUCGAGAGCUCUCUCGACCGUGCUCCCAACGCUAGCCCUGCCGCCAGACGCCUCGCCAAACAGAACGGCAUUUCGCUCACCGGCGUCAAGGGCUCUGGCCCCGGCGGCAAGAUCACUGAGGACGACGUCAAGAAGUCGGGCUCCGCUCCCGCUGCCCCUGCCGCCAGCGCUGGUGCUGCCUUCGAAGAUAUUCCCCUCUCCAACAUGCGCAAGACCAUCGCCAAGCGCCUGCAAGAGUCUACCCAGAACAACCCGCACUUCUUCGUCAGCAGCUCCAUCUCGGUCACCAAGCUGCUGAAGCUCCGCCAGGCCCUGAACAGCUCCGCCGAUGGCAAGUACAAGCUCUCUGUCAACGACUUCCUCAUCAAGGCCAUUGCUGUCGCCAGCAAGAAGGUUCCUACCGUCAACGCCUCGUGGCAGGGUGAUGCAAUUCGCCAGUUCAACUCCGUGGACGUCUCUGUUGCCGUCUCUACCCCGACUGGCCUCAUUACGCCCAUCGUCACUGGUGUUGAGGGCCGUGGCCUUGAGUCCAUCUCCAACAAGGUCAAGGAGCUCGCCAAGAAGGCUCGUGACAACAAGCUUAAGCCUGAGGAAUACCAGGGUGGUACCAUCUCCAUUUCCAACAUGGGCAUGAACGCCGCCGUCGACAACUUCACGGCCGUCAUCAACCCCCCUCAAGCCGCCAUCCUCGCUGUCGGCACCACAAAGAAGACCGCCAUUCCCGUUGAGACCGAAGAGGGCACUACCAUUUCUUGGGAUGACCAGAUCACCGUUACCGCCAGCUUCGACCACAAGGUCAUUGAUGGUGCCGUUGGUGCCGAGUGGAUCCGGGAGUUCAAGAAGGUUCUUGAGAACCCUCUGGAGCUGCUGCUGUAG